UGCAGGUUCCUUGUAAACAUUGCCUGCAAAAAUAACUACAGUGAAGAAUACAUUAGUCUGAUAAGGAGGUGUGGCACAUAUAUGUAGUUAUAUAUAAUACAUUUUAUGGGAAUUAUUUUCCAAGACUUGGAGACGCUGCUCAUUUACCCCCGUUGUGGGAAAUAUCAGCCGCGAACCUGCUCAGGAUGAGGAUGUACUAUUUACCUCUAGAAGUUUGACUGGAGUAUUUUCCCUCAAACUUUUUGGAUGACUUGCUCUGCAUUUUCUAUAGUACUAACACUUUAUCAUGGCUGGAAACUUAGGUACAGGGGGGAACAUAUUUUACAGGCAAGAAGUGGAAGAUAAGUCAGUAUUACUACAUGAUUCUGGCUGGCAGAAGGGAGAAGUGAAGGAACUGUUUCACGAAGACUCUCAGGUAUCUCAGACACAGACUAGACCCUGGUGGAAAGUGCAGUUCUUCGUAUGGGAACCAGUGCUGUUUGGGACUUGGGAUGGAGUUUUUACAUCUUGCAUGAUUAACAUUUUUGGAGUAGUUCUUUUUCUCAGAACUGGAUGGCUCGUGGGGAAUACUGGUGUACUGCUGGGCAUGUUCCUGGUAUCUCUGGUUGUCUUAGUUGCACUGGUGACUGUCUUUUCUGGGAUUGGAAUAUGCGAACAGUGUAGCAUUGGAAGUGGAGGGGUCUACUCCAUGAUUUCGACAGUCCUUGGUGGUCGCGUAGGAGGAACUAUUGGAUUCAUCUACAUUUUUGGACAGUGUGUUGGGGGUGCAAUGUACGUCACUGGCUUUGCUGAAUCUAUAGCACAAUUGCUUAAUUUCACCAAUAUCUGGGUGGUGAGAGGAAUUUCAAUUGGAGUGCUGCUGGGACUGCUGGGAAUUAACCUCGCCGGUGUGAAAUGGAUAAUCCGACUUCAGCUCUUGCUCUUAGCAUUGCUAGCUAUUUCUACCCUGGACUUUGUUUUGGGAACAUUCACAAAAUUGGAUCCAGAUCAUGGAUUUGUUGGGUAUUCUGAAGAUCUGCUUUAUAAUAAUACUUUUCCAGACUACACACUAGGAGAAUCCUUCUUUACUGUGUUUGGAGUUUUCUUUCCUGCUGCUACAGGUGUGAUGGCUGGAUUCAACAUGAGUGGAGACCUUCAGAAGCCAGCUAAGAGCAUCCCAGUAGGAUCUUUGGCUGCCAUAGGCAUCUCGUGGUUCCUGUAUUUAGUAUUUGUUUUUUUGCUUGGAGCCAUUUGCUCAAGGGAGGCACUCAGAUAUGAUUUUAUGAUAGCAGAAAAGGUAUCUCUGGUGGGAUUUUUAUUCUUACUUGGGCUGUACAUUUCCUCACUGGCGUCCUGUAUGGGUGGACUGUAUGGGGCACCCAGAAUCCUUCAGUGCAUUGCUCAGGAAAAAGUCAUACCUAUUCUUGGAUUCCUGGCACAUGGGAAAGGACCUAAUAAAACACCUGUGGCUGCCAUUUGCCUGACAAGCCUUGUUACCAUGGCUUUCAUCUUCAUUGGCCAAGUGAAUGUUUUAGCUCCAAUAGUCACCAUCAACUUCAUGGUGACCUAUGUUGUUGUGGAUUAUGCAUACUUCUCAGUGGUUAUGAGUUACAACCUCCAGCAGAAGAAGAAGCAACUGAGAAGGGAAUGUUCUCUUUCAUUGACUCCUUCAAAGCCUUUGAUAGCUGCCAAAACAUCUGUGUACGGAACCACUGGUGUUAUGCAGGCCAGAAUGAAUGGUACCCUGCAGGAAUUUGCCAAAGACAUGGAUCAAAUAUUCACUCCUAUAAGUCUGUCUACAGUUAGUGAUGAAGCAUCUAGUGAAAAAGGAAAAGAUACAAAUCCAAAAGAAAACAUGAGGAGGCCAAGGAAGGCGGCAAAACAAACACUAAGCAGCAGUUUUAAGCUGAAUCUUAGCAGUGACCCUUCUAUGAAAGAGGAUGGUCAGAAUUUAAUAAAUGAAGCUGUUGAAGGUGGUGAGCAACAGAAUGGAAAUGCUGUGCAAGGCUUUCACCCUACAGGAGGUCAGGGGUCAAUGUAUAUGAAACAAAGGCAUCACAGUGAGAUAGUGGCACAAUUUGAGCAACAACUCAUUAGAACAAAUAGUACAGAAGAAAGCAAACAUGAAGAUUCUGAAAUAAAGCAACACGAAGAACAAAAAAUUCACAAAAUGCCAUCAUCAUGUUAUUCAAAAUUGUGCAAUCACUGGGUAUCAUUUAUUGGUGCAAUAUGCUCAAUUGUCAUAAUGUUUGUGAUUCAGUGGAUUUAUGCCCUUGCUAAUAUUGGCGUAGCAAUUAUUCUGUAUUUCUACAUUGGACGUGCGAGUCCAGGACUUCCUUUAGGAGUAGCAGCAAGCUUCAGCUUCUUUCAGUGGAUCAAGUCACUUCUUAAAGAGCUUUGCAGGAGAGGGCCUUCUCCCCAGGAGCAGAUUGUUGUGACACCCUCCUUUGCAACAGUUGGCAUGGAGACCACUCAGCUCACAGAAGAGAAUGCAGAUUUUGCCUCCAGAGACCGUUAUCACCAUUCCUCCGUUAUAACCAGAGAGGAGUUUCUGAAUCAUAUAAAGUAACAAACAAUUAUCCCUAUUGUUGCCUGCAUUCCUACAAAUAACUGCCAAGCCCAAGUUUUUUCAAGAAAUAAAAACUGAACAGUAAACUA